AUGUUCACUUUCCCUGGAAGUAACAUGAGGCCAAAAAAGUACAUGGCAGUCCCUUCAGAGGACGUCGAGGUCGACGAGAUCGUCACAGAAAAACUGCGCUUCCUCCGGUCCAACAAUAACUCGAGGAGAAGACGACGAGCGCUAAUAGCCCUCCUGAUCGUUGCUGUCAUAGCCGUCUUCAUCGUGGGACUGUCCACUUUGUGGGUCUAUCACGAUCACCGACAGAAAAGCACCACCACCACCACCACCACCACCGUCGAGGAGGCUGCUGGUGCUGGAGACUGCGUAAAGCCAACCCUUCGACAGGAAUGGCGCACUCUGAGCAAAAAGCAGAAAGAGGAGGGUUCAUUACCACUGGCAAAAUCCCACAAAAGCACCCGUCUGGGACCCCUCGGACGUUUCGGCGGCGACGGCGACAUCAACGGCCCCAUCACCGUCGCCAACGGGUCGUGCGUGCGCGAUGGGCCCUUCGCAAACUACGAAGUGACCUACGCCAACCUGGAGACGCAGCCGCAUUGCCUGUCCCGAGGCUUUGGUCGCGAGCACUCUCCGCCGCACUUCUCCGGACAGGACUUCGCGCCGGGUGUGGUCCAGGCGCUGUUCGCGCACACGACGCUGGCGAAUUUUUCCAUGGUCCUGGAGGAGACGACACAUGAUGCUAUUCCGAAUGCGAUUUGGGGGGGAUUUUGCUUUGUUUACGGCUCCAAGUGGUAG